GGCCACUCCUUCACCGCUGCUGCUGCUGCGGGACUGGAGCUCAAUCCGCUCACUAGAUCUCCAGCAACAGCAGGAGCAGCGGUCGGACCGGAGAAUGGUCGCUGUCCGCAGAACAUAGAUGUGCAAAGCCCCUGGAAUAUCCGAGCGCUGGAGAGGCCAGAAACAACAGCCGUGGAGGACAGCCUUCAUUUAAGCUUCAAAAGGGAAAGACCUACGGUGAAGCCAUGGCGGUAGAAGAAGAAGGUCUUCGGGUUUUCCAGAGCGUAAAAAUAAAAAUAGGGGAAGCAAAAAACAUUCCACCAUAUCCGGGACCGAACAGGAUGAGGGACUGCUACUGCACCGUCAACCUGGACCAAGAAGAGGUCUUCAGGACCAAGAUUGUGGAAAAGUCACUUUGUCCUUUCUACGGGGAGGAUUUCUACUGCGAGAUUCCACGCAGCUUCAGACAUCUCUCCUUCUACAUUUUCGACAGGGACGUAUUCAGGAGGGACUCCAGCAUUGGCAAAGUUGCUGUGAAGAAAGAGGACCUGCAAAAAUACCAUGGGAAAGACACCUGGUUCCAGCUGCAGCCUGUCAGCGCUGACUCAGAAGUGCAGGGAAAAGUACACCUCGAGCUGCGCCUGAGUGAAGUUAUCACCGACAGUGGAGUGGUCAAUCAUAAACUGGCCACACGAGUGUUGGAGUGCCAAGGCCUUCCAAUAGUCAAUGGACAGUGUGAUCCCUACGCUGCUGUAUCCUUACUCGGUCCUUCGAGGUCAGAGGCCAAGAAGACCAAGGUUAAGAGGAAAACCAACAAUCCCCAGUUUGAGGAAACUUUCUACUUUGAGGUUACGCGACCACUGAGCUACACGAAGAGACAGUUUGAUGUUGAAGAGGAGGACGUCGACAAACUGGCUCUGAGGGUGGAUCUGUGGAAUGCCAGCAACCUGAAGUUUGGGGACGAGUUCCUGGGUGGGGUGCGAGUCCCUCUGCGGGUUUUGGGCCAAGCUGGAGUGCAUGAUGCCUGGUACUUUCUGCUACCCAGGGAGAACGGAGGGAAGUCCGUUAAAGUGGAAGACCUCGGCUCUCUGCGUCUAAACAUUGUUUACACCGAGGACCACGUCUUCCCCUCCGAACACUACACUCCCCUCAGAGAUCUGCUGCUGCAAUCUGCUAACGUGGAGCCUGUGUCAGCGUCCACCGCACACAUUCUGGGGGAAGUGUGUCGAGAGAAGCAGGAAGCCGCCAUCCCUCUCGUGCGUCUCUUUCUUCAUUAUGGCAAAAUAGUGCCUUUCAUCAGUGCCAUUGCUCAUGCAGAAAUCAACCGCACACAGGAUCCAAACACCAUUUUCCGGGGAAACUCGCUGACUUCGAAGUGUAUCGAUGAGACCAUGAAGCUGGCUGGGAUGCACUAUCUGCAAGUUACGCUUAAACCGAUCAUAGACGAGAUUUGCACAGAACACAAAUCUUGCGAAAUUGACCCCGUCAAGCUCAAGGAGUCGGAGAACUUGGAGACAAACAGAGAAAACCUUCGCCAGUACGUGGACCGCAUCUUCAACGUCAUCACCACCUCCGGCGUCCGCUGUCCCACCGUCAUGUGCGACAUCUUCUUCUCCCUGAGGGAGUCGGCUGCCACUAGGUUUCAAGUUGACCAAGAUGUCCGAUACACGGCCGUCAGCAGCUUCAUCUUCCUGCGAUUCUUUGCGCCAGCCAUCCUCUCACCAAACUUGUUUCACCUACGGCCCCAUCACCCCGAUCCCGCCACUUCAAGAACCCUCACCCUCAUCUCCAAGACAAUACAGACUCUUGGAAGUCUCGCCAAGUCUAAAUCUGCCAAUUUCAAAGAGUCCUACAUGGCUGCGUUUUACGACUACUUCAAUGAGCAGAAAUAUGCAGAUGCUGUAAAGAAUUUUCUGGACCUGAUCUCCACUUCUGGCAAAUGGGAUCAGAAAAGCAUUGAAACACCAAUCAUGCUCAAGGAGGGAUUUAUGAUAAAGAGAGCUCAGGGCAGAAACCGGUUUGGGAUAAAGAACUUCAAGAAAAGAUGGUUCCGACUCACCAACCAUGAGUUCACCUAUCACAAAACAAAAGGAGAGGGCGCUCUGUGCAGCAUUCCUAUAGAGAACAUCUUGGCUGUGGAGAGGCUAGAAGAGGAGUCGUUCAAGAUGAAAAAUAUGUUCCAGGUUAUUCAGCCGGAGCGAGCGCUUUACAUCCAAGCCAACAACUGUGUGGAGGCCCGAGACUGGAUAGACAUCCUGACCAAAGUCAGCCAGUGCAACCGCAAACGCCUGAGCACCUACCACCCUUCAGCCUACCUCAACGGCCACUGGCUCUGCUGCAAGCUGUCCGCAGACACAGCCCCGGGGUGUACACCCUGCACUGGCGGCUUACCUGCAAACAUCCAGCUUGACGUAGACGGCGACAGAGAGACUGAGAGGAUUUACUCCCUCUUCGGCACAUACAUGACCAAACUGAUCAAAAUGCAAGAGGCCUGUGGAAGUAAGUCCGUGUACGACGGGCCCGAACAGGAGGAGUAUUCUACCUUUGUCAUCGACGACCCCCAGGAGACGUACAAAACCCUGAAGCAGAUCAUUUCGGCUGUGCAGACGUUGGAGCAGCAGCACACCAAGUACAAACGGGACAAGUUCAAGAAGACAAAGAUAGGCAGCCAGGAGCAUCCAAUCGGAGACAAGAGCUUUCAGUGCUACAUUCGUCAGCAGUCUGAGAACACCACCUACUCUAUCUAGCAGCAGCCCUGCAUAUGUCCAGAACCAGCAUAUUUGUUUUUUCUUUACUGCAAGAAAACCCGACUCUAAAGCAGCCCAGCGUGUUCUGUUGAGUCGUAAAUCUGUCUUUUUCUUUUUCUAGAUAAGAUGAAAAAGAACAGCGUCCAAGCCAAAUAAUUUUCUGAGGUAACUCAUGAGCUGGUUUGGCAACAGGGAUCCCCUGAUUUACUGAUUUGUUCAGCUGUUAAGGAAACCCGAUGCCAGACUUUAAGAGCUGUGUUGUGUUGGUUGGACCACACAACAGCGUCUCUGAACGUAUUCCGCAGAAAUUGGAGGAACAAACGUCAGAUCAGUGCGAAGAAAGAAGGGAUGUAAAAGCUGAGCUAUUCACACCACACUUGCAUCAGCCCUGAUGUCCCUUCUGCGAUGCAACGAGAGAAUAAACUAAGCAUUUUCACUGGACACUGUUUGUGGUGACCAACACGCACUUUAAUUGCCUCCAGAUCCUUGGAUGAACAAGCCUCACAGCACACUUUGAACAUCUUCUGUUGUCUAAGUGUAUUUUUUCUUAAUGAUUGGUGAAAUGUUUUACUGCAUUUUGCCUCCGACAGACCAAACUUAAGAAGGAAGAAAGGACUUUGUCCCUAUGCACUUGUGUUUGUGUGUGUUUUUUUUUUUUUUUUUGUUCUGUUUUGUCCCAGUUCCCCUCUUGUAAGGCUGCAAGUGUCAAGGGGACAAAAGAAGGGAUCACUGGGACCAAGGAAAUCUGAAAGUAGCUCAACGUUAGCUGUAAAUUCUCACUCCACGCACAAUUUUAUGUUUCUUUUUCAUCGUUAUCAUCAGCACUGUAAGCCUGGUAUAGUUUCUCACAUUCAUUUGUGACCUGUAUAGAGGACAGAAGAGAAGAUUGCAGGUGUCAUUAGCUGCUUACACAGAGUCUUUGUGUGCUCUAACAUUGACUGCAUCCAUCACUAAAAUCAGUUCAAACCAAACCACAGGUUUGGUCCCUAUGCACAAAGUCCCAGGUACUCUGAACUCCAACAAAGUUGGUCUGGAGCAUGUAAUGUUGGUUGAAUUGGUGGCAUGUUAGAUAAUAAACCAAUUUAUUUUAGAGUUUGGCUCUCAUGUCAUAAUGCAACUUGUUGCCAGUUUAGAGCCAUUAUCAGUAGGAUUCUGGUCAUUUCACCACAUCGAACUUUUCAGUUUUAGUCAUUUUGUAGCCUUCUGUUUCAGAGAAAAAUAGGAGCCACUCUUCCUAUCUAUCUUUUGAUUUUUUCUUCCUAUGAUCUUUUGUACCUGCUUUAAAAAUCUUUCAUACAAAAUCAGUUUCUUUUGUGUAAUCCACUGUAAGGAAAUGUGGUUAUCUACCAGCUGGAGGACUCUUUGGGUCAUUUUGGUCCAGGCGGGGAGUAUUAGCGCUCAUAUUUCAAGUAGCCCAAAUACGGAUUAGAAACAGAAAUACUGGCAAUAGUGUCGUAUAAAUUCUUUAAAAAAUACAAUUAUAAAUAAAUGAAAAAAUAAAAUUGGUAAAAGCUGGGUACAAAUUUGGCAAAAGAGCGGUUGUUUUUAAUCUACGAACGCAGCUGUACGAGAGGCAUUUAGAAAAUUAUCUCAACAUGCUGCCACAUACAGUGAAAGACAUGAAGGCACAUCGGUGAAUAUUCAAAUAAAUCAGUCCCUGGAAGCUUUUAGGCACCUGUGGAUCUGGAGUCCCAAUUUUUUAGGCACAUUUAUUUAUUUAUUUAUUUAUUUUUAUUGAAAUGCCGCUUUCACACUAAUGUAGCUGUUGUAUUUUAACAAAACUGAGAAACAAAAUUCUCCAUUCAAGCUAUAAUCUCACACGCUGCUUGGACUUAGAAGGUUUUUUUUACUCUGUGUAGGUAGCUAAAGUCACUUUACUUAUUUCAUUACAUUACAAAGAUUUCUUUUCCUUCCUACUAUUCCAUUUAAUCUAACACAAGCUGUAUUUUUGACAUGGUUUAUGUGGAGCUGAUUUGUGUUGCUAUAAAGGUGCAGUCCUUGUGUUCGAUGGGUUCUCUUGGAGAACUCGCCUCCUCUUCCCCUCCUUGUGUUGCGAAGUAUCUUAUUUUUGUGCAUUCCUCUGAGAAGCUGUCCGCUGUGAAUCUUACCGGAUGCCAGCUCAGAAUCUGUUGAAGGUACAGGGUUUAUUGUUCUUGCUUGGUUCUUUUUGUCCCUUCACUCUUUCCACAGGCAGCCACUCUGACUUGAGCUCUCAUUCUUGCCAAACCAGUGCAUGUGAAGUGCAGCUGUAGCCCCGAUGGACUCUUGAAAACAAAAAAAGAAGCAAAUUUUGUAUUUUCUAAAACUCAGCUCUUGUAUAUUUAGCCUCACAGGUGUUCCCGUGAAAACAGGGUCCCAACCAGUGCCAGUCAUGAUUUUUCUAAAAUCAACUUUUUAAAAAGCAAUCAAAAAAACUGUUAUUUAGAGAUGUAUUUUUUUGUCUAACUCAGCCUGAACUGUUUUAAAAGCAGCUGAACGCUUAUUCAAACAACAUUCUUCUCGUCUUUGAUGACUGUGGUGAAUUUUAAGGAAGCUUCUUGUUUUCUAUCUUGUCAUACGCAAACCUUGAACUGAAUGACUGGAGUAAGUGUGUGUGUGUGUGUGUGUAUUCUUGUGGUGUUUUGAUGAUGGAUUUUAUCGACAAUUAAUUUAAACCUUUUGUAACAGGUCAUUUAUUAAAACCAACCACUGCCCACUAUCAUGCUAAAGACACUGUUUUCCCACUUUGGCCUGAUUUAGUUCUCCCCUUAUAAAUAUUUUUUUUUCUUCUCCUCUAGAAAAAGAAAGAAAUUCUUUCCUAGUAAAUUAUCAUUUGUGAAUUAUUAAGAAAACAGUGUUGCUUUGACUUCUGAACAGUUAUUUUUUUCUCUCCAGUUGCUAAUUUUCCUCAGGUGUAUGAGACUGAUAUUUAUUAUAAUUUUCCAGUAAAGAGUCUGCUGAGGUGGUGCAGCGAUGGCAGUUACGGUAAAAAGCACCUCCUCCAUCCCGAAAGCCCCCAAAUAAAGGGGGACUGAAUUAUGCAAUAAAGACAAUAUGCAAUAAUACCACAAAUCAACAGUUCACGUCUGCUGACCUUUUGCAGGAAAAUGCCUCUAAAAGCAGGGAGGUGGUAUAAAGGGAGAACAGUGUAUUUUGUACAAAUAUUUUAAAAGUAUUAAAAUAAGUGUGUUAAAAAUGUGUACAUACAACAGCUGAAUGAAUGGUGCAAAUGUGAUGUGUUUUUUUUCUCCUGAAUAACUAAAUGAAUACAAUAUUAAUGUAAA